CAAGCCUGAGGAAAACUGGAGGAACCGGAGUGAAGCUAUGAGGAAGCUGAACGUCCUCCUCUUUCCUCACAAGUCGUCCUGAAGCUGCCUGUGUGGUAAGAAGCUUCUCUGGAGGAGACGUGUUGCAGAGCUGCUGAUGUCCUGAAGGACGUUUAAAGUCUCUCUUAGUCUGACAGGAAGAUGAAGAUGUUGCUGGUGAUGGUCCUCCUCCUGCACGUUUCCCAGCAUGCCCUGCCUGGGGUGGUGGAGGUGAAUGAGGGGGCGGAGUCAGUCCUUCUGCCCUGUGAGUACGAUGGUUAUACUCCUGAAGACAACCUCAGAGUCAUGUGGACUCGCAACGAUCUCAGUCCCAGAUUUGUCCACCAAAGAGGACAAGAAGGUGAUCUGGAAGAACAGAACCAGCUUUACAGAGGACGGACAUCAAUGAAACCUGAUGCUUUAGACUCUUCAGACUUCAGUCUCAGUCUGAGAAAACCACAUCUGUCUGACAGCAGCAUCUACACCUGCUCCAUCAGUAAUGGACUCAUGGAACUAAAAGUCAUGGAUGUUGAGCUGAAGGUGAAAGGAACAUUUCCAUCCUGGGCCACAGCUGUUCUGGUUCUUGUCGUCUCUGCUGGUGUUUUAUAUCAUUUUAGAUCCUAUUUCAUGUCAGUCUACCAGGUGGAGGUGGAGUCAGGGGCGGAGUCUGUCCUGCUGCCCUGCAGAACCACAGUUCACCUGCCUGGAGACGCUAGAGUGGAGUGGAAGGACAGUUACAGGAUGGUCCAUGUGUACCAGAACGGUUCUGACCAGCCUGAAGACCAGAACGAGGACUACAGAACCAGAACAGUGAUGGAGAGAAAACCUCUACAAUCUGGAGACCUCAGUCUGACUCUGAAACUCCCCACAGAUGAAGACAGUAGGACCUACACCUGCAUCGUCUACAGCAGGGAGGGAAACAUCCUGAUGAUGAAACAAGUUCGUCUUACAGUCAGAGUUCCACAGGUGGAGGUGGAGUCAGGGGUGGAGUCUGUCCUGCUGCCCUGCAGAACCACAGUUCACCUGCCUGAAGAAGCUAAAGUGGAGUGGAAGUACGGUAACUACUGGACGGUCCAUGUGUACCAGAACGGUUCUGACCAGCCUGAAGACCAGGACCAGGUCUACAGAACCAGAACAGUGAUGGAGAGAAACCCUCUACAACCUGGAGACCUCAGUCUGACUCUGAAACUUCCCACAGAUGAAGACAAUGGAACCUUCACCUGCAGAGUCUACAGCAGGGAGGGAAACAUCCUGAUGAAGAAACAAGUUGGUCUCACAGUCAGAGUCUACCAGGUGGAGGUGGAGUCAGGGGCGGAGUCUGUCCUGCUGCCCUGCAGAACCACAGUUCACCUGCCUGGAGACGCUAGAGUGGAGUGGAAGGACAGUUACAGGAUGGUCCAUGUGUACCAGAACGGUUCUGACCAGCCUGAAGACCAGGACCAGGUCUACAGAACCAGAACAGUGAUGGAGAGAAACCCUCUACAACCUGGAGACCUCAGUCUGACUCUGAAACUUCCCACAGAUGAAGACAAUGGAACCUUCACCUGCAGAGUCUACAGCAGGGAGGGAAACAUCCUGAUGAAGAAACAAGUUGGUCUCACAGUCAGAGGUCAACAGGUGGAGGUGGAGUCAGGGGUGGAGUCUGUCCUGCUGCCCUGCAGAACCACAGUUCACCUGCCUGGAGACGCUAAAGUGGAGUGGAAGGAUGAUGACGAUGAGAAAGUCCAUGUGUAUCAGAACGGUUCUGACAAGCUUGAAGACCAGUACCAGGUCUACAGAACCAGAACAGUGAUGGAGAGAAAACUUCUACAACCUGGAGACCUCAGUCUGACUCUGAAACUCCCCACAGAUGGAGACAGUAGGACCUUCACCUGCAGAGUCUACAGCAGGGAGGGAAACAUCCUGAUGGAGAAACAAGUUCUUCUCACAGUCAGAGUUCCACAGGUGGAGGUGGAGUCAGGGGUGGAGUCUGUCCUGCUGCCCUGCAGAACCACAGUUCACCUGCCUGGAGACGCUAAAGUGGAGUGGAAGGAUUUAUACAGGACGGUCCAUGUGUACCAGAACGGUUCUGACCAGCUUGAAGACCAGGACCAGUUCUACAGAACCAGAACAGUGAUGGAGAGAAACCCUCUACAAUCUGGAGACCUCAGUCUGACUCUGAAACUCCCCACAGAUGGAGACAGUAGGAUCUUCACCUGCAGAGUCUACAGCAAGGAGGGAAACAUCCUGAUGAAGAAACAAGUUCGUCUCACAGUCAGAGGUCAACAGGUGGAGGUGGAGUCAGGGGUGGUGUCUGUCCUGCUGCCCUGCAGAACCACAGUUCACCUGCCUGGAGACGCUAAAGUGGAGUGGAAGGACGGUUACAGGACCGUCCAUGUGUACCAGAACGGUUCUGACCAGCUUGAAGACCAGCACCAGUUCUACAGAACCAGAACAGUGAUGGAGAGAAACCCUCUACAAUCUGGAGACCUCAGUCUGACUCUGAAACACCCCACAGAUGGAGACAGUAGGACCUUCACCUGCAGUGUCUACAGCAGGGAGGGAAACAUCCUGAUGGAGAAACAAGUUCUGCUCACAGUCAGAGUUUACCAGGUGGAGGUGGAGUCAGGGGUGGAGUCUGUCCUGCUGCCCUGCAGAACCACAGUUCACCUGCCUGGAGACGCUAAAGUGGAGUGGAAGGAUUUAUACAGGACGGUCCAUGUGUACCAGAACGGUUCUGACCAGCUUGAAGACCAGGACCAGUUCUACAGAACCAGAACAGUGAUGGAGAGAAACCCUCUACAAUCUGGAGACCUCAGUCUGACUCUGAAACUCCCCACAGAUGGAGACAGUAGGACCUUCACCUGCAGCGUCUACAGCAAGGAGGGAAACAUCCUGAUGAAGAAACAAGUUCGUCUCACAGUCAGAGUUCCACAGGUGGAGGUGAAGGUGGAGUCAGGGGUGGAGUCUGUCCUGCUGCCCUGCAGAACCACAGUUCCCCUGCCUGAAGAUUCUCUAGUGGAGUGGAAGGACAGUUACUACCAGACGGUCCAUGUGUAUCAGAACGGUUCUGACCAGUGUAAAGAGCAGGGCCGGAACUACAGAACCACAACAGUGAUGGAGAGAGACCCUCUACAAUCCAGAAACCUCAGUCUGACUCUGAAACACCCAACAGAUGAAGACAGUACCACCUUCACCUGCAGAGUCUACAGCAGGGAGAGAAACAUCCUGAUGGAGAAACAAGUUCAGGUCACAGUCAGAGUUCCACAGGUGGAGGUGGAGUCAGGGGUAAAGUCUGUCCUGCUGCCCUGCAGAACCACAGUUCACCUGCCUGAAGACGCUAGAGUGGAGUGGAAGGAGACUGACAGGAAAGUCCAUGUGUAUCAGAACGGUUCUGACCAGCCUGGAGAACAGGACCAGUUCUUUAGAACCAGAACAGUGAUGGAGAGAAACCCUCUACAAUCUGGAGACCUCAGUCUGACUCUGAAACACCCCAAAGAUGGAGACAAUAGGACCUUCACCUGCAGCGUCUACAGCAGGGAGGGAAACAUCCUGAUGAAGAAACAAAUUCAUCUCACAGUCAGAGCCUGUCAGGUGGAGGUGGAGGAGGGGGCGAAGUCUGUCCUGCUGCCCUUCAGAACAACACCUGACCUGCCUGAAGACGCUAAAGUGGAGUGGAGGCGUGAUGAACCUAAACCAGUAAUGAAGGUCCAUGUGUACCAGAAUGGUUCUGAUCAAUGUGGAGACCAGGACCAGGUCUACAUAAACAGAACGAAGAUAAAACAAGAUCCUCUGAAAACUGGAGACCUCAGUCUGACUCUGAAACACCCGAAACCUGGAGACAGUGGACGGUACAGAUGUGAAGUCUGGAGGAGAGAAAAUCUCAUGAGAUGGAAAACAUUUCAGCUCAAAGUCAAAGGGACGGUUCGGGUCCAGGAUCAAACAGAGGACAUCAGGACCAGAAGCGGAUCCGAUGAUCCGACUCCUCUGAUGGCUGAUCAAUCAGUCUGAUCUUUGAUUAUUGAUCCAGUCUGACUUUGGAUCAGAGAGAAAAUAUCAGUGAAGGAUCUGAUGGAGGACGGAUGAAGAGAGGACUUGUUCCAGCUGCAGACGUAGUAUUGAUCAGUAUUGAUCAGUAUUGAUCAGUGAUGUCAGAGUGGAGUCAGUGUGAUGUCAUGUUGACCAGCUGUGUGUUCUGGACUCCAGCAUCUUCUUGUUGUUUGUUCCAGACUGUUAGGACCUGGUCUACUAAGGUUCCUGAUGAAGAACACAAACCUUCCUGCCAGCAAACAAGCUGCAGGUGUUGUUUGUUCCUGACGUGCGAGCGAUCAAUAAAGAAUGUUGCUGCAACUGAUACCAGCUGCAAACAGCCGUGUUGUAAUGAGGAUUUAGCGUGUUGUGGUUUGGCCAUGGAGAGUUUAGAAGCAGAGCAGGAAGGAGGCAAACGCAGCAUCAACUUGGUCCUGAUCCCGGAUCCGUUGGCUUCACUAGAACCUUGUGUGGAAACUCGUUGCCUUAAACCACUUUAGUUUUUACAAACGCUGAAACUAAACAUGUCAGGUUGUAUCACCAUGGCAACCAUUAGCCUUCACUCUGACCGUUAGUCCACUAACUCAUUGUCUUCAUACCCCUGCUUGUUUGGAGAAACUCUCUUCAGUCACAUUUACGCUCAUUGUUUAGUUCUUUCACAUAAAGACUGAAUCACACCGACUCACUUUCAUGGAAAGUCAACUUAAAAGACUCCACUUGUUCUACAUGAUGUCUGAUUUUUAUUAAAGUUACUUCAAAAU